GAUAUAAAAUAUAAACCCUAAAACCUCUGCAAGAGUCGCUUUUCUCUCUCUAUCGUGCUCGUUUACUCUUAGCAGUUGUUUCUUCUACACCAGCACACUUGUCUGCGGCGUCAGGGAGAGGGCUCUCGGAGCCCUUUUGCUCUCUUUUCUGUUCUGUUCUUAAGAAAUUGGAGGUUUUACAGAAGAGCGGCUUGGCUUGAGGGUUUUUUUGGAGUUGAAUUUCAGGGUCUGUAUUUUCAAUGGUUAAUGCUCAAUCUCCAAAGGUGAACAGUUCUCUUCAUCUCCUGGAGUUGCCCACCAUGAAUAUUGGUGAUAGUAUAGUGACGAAGAAGCUGAAAAUAAAAAUUUCUUCCAAGGGGAUGCGAACUGAACCUAGGGGAAGCUCUGAGAUGAGUAUAAAGGUGAAACUACCUAUGCCGCCCGACUCUAAGAAACGUGAACCUCCGUUGGUGAUCGACAAUGGAAGAGAGAAAAGGCGGAAAAUGGAUCGGAGUGUAAAGCAGCAAUGCGUUAACAUUCUGAAAGUCCUGAUGGUUCAUCCUAGUGGGUGGCCCUUCCUUCUACCAGUGGAUCCAAUCCAAUAUAACAUUCCUGACUACUUCACUAUAAUUAGAAAACCAAUGGAUUUGGGAACAGUCAAAGCUAAAUUGGAUGGCAAUCUGUACUUCGAUGUUGAUGAAUUUGCUGCUGAUGUGAGGUUGACGUUUGCAAAUGCUAUGAAGUAUAAUCCUCCUAAUAAUGAUUUUCACCUCAUGGCUAAGAGGUUAGACAAUAUUUUUAAUCAGAGAUGGAAGUCGUUGGAAGGUAAGUGGAAAGCUGAGAGCAAAAAAAUCAGUCAGGAUUGUGUUUCAAGUGGUAAAGAAAAUCACUCUAAGAAUACAAGGGAGACUUUCUUUAAGAAAUCUGCACCAUGUGCUAAUGGUCUGAACAAGAGGCCAAUGCCUUUGGAGGAGAAGCAAAAGCUGAAGAAAGAACUUGUUGAUUUACUUAGGGGAAAUGUUAUUAAGAACAUGCAGAAUGCUCUCCAAAAGUUUGGGUUGAUGGGUCUUAAAGAAGAGAUGGUUAACCUGGACCUGGAAAAGUAUGAUGAUGACACACUAUUGGAGUUAAAGAGGGUGGUUAGAGCGUAUUCCAAUUUAACUACAGAAAAGGCAGAGCCCGCUAGCGUGAAACAAAGUGGUGGGUGUCUGUCAUCCAUGGAGCCGGUCCCUAAAGAUAGUAGCACAAGUUCUAUUUGCUCUGUCAAAACAAAGCGACAAGCAAACAUUGUUGCUUGCCACCUUCAAGGUGUUGAUACCCAUGCUCUUCCUAGGAAUUUUCCAACAAAAAGAAAGCUAGAUCAAGAUCAUUCGGGUGUUGCUAAAAGGGAUAGAGAAGUGACAAACUCCUUGGCAUCAGUUCCAUGUCGAACUGAUUUGAACUCUCAUGGUGGUCAAGGUAGCCUUCAUGAAGAAAAUCCAUGUUCUAGUCCAGGUAGAUCUACAUGUGCUUCCGCUGUUCCAUAUGGUGAAGGUUGGGAUCCUCUUAUGAACAUUGAUCUUUCCCCGACCAAAGCGCUACGUGCUGCAAUGCUAAAGAGUCGAUUUGCUGACACCAUCAUCAAAGCGAAACAGAAAUCUCUUCCAGUUGAUUGUGAUAAGGCUGAUUUGCAUAGAAUGCAACUGGAAAGAGCACAACUGGAAAAGCAGCAGCUCGAAGAGAAAGCCCGCAUUGAGGCAGAACUUAAAGCUGCUGAAGUUGCCUCUCGAAGGAAGGCAGAGGCUGAUUUAAAGUUGCAGCGUGAGAGACAGCGGGAAGCUGCUCGGAUUGCUCUUCAAAAGGUUUGUGCUUAUUGUUGAAACUGCGUACC